CCAAAAAGGCACGAACUUUUGUAAUUUUCUCGGCAAUCUCUUCUUUCUCUUGCAAUCCUGCAAACAUUUCGCCGUCUUCCACUCCCCACUUGGGCCGCUCAUAAUCUCCACCAAAUCUCUCUGAUUCUCUUUCGUCAUCUUACGACAGACUUUUUAGUGCAUGUGGAUUAGAGUUACUCCGUACUUCGACUGGUUCGAGAGAGCUUCAAAGUUCGCUCCUUUGCAAUCAUAUGCAUGCGAUUCUGGUGCUGUCGCGUGCUCAUUUGUGGAAGAUUGGAUAUUUUUUGUGUUGUUUUGCGGUUUUCUGUGAGCUCCGUGAUCCUCCCAUAAUCUUCACAGAUUUAUUUUUUCUGGGUAAUCUAAGUUUUAGUGCAAUAAAGUGCAUAGGAUCUCACUUUCCUCCAAGAAAGUACUGAAUUCGAGUUUUUUUUUUUUUUUUUCUGUUUUUGGAGGGGGCGUCUUUUGGAAGCAUUAAAGAAUUGUUUUGACCAAGAACUUUUUAUUCUUUGAUUAUGCUGAUUAAAUUACAUUAAUCAUGUUUAAACGUAUCGAUAACGACUUCGCUGCAAUUUUUUUGUGACUAUAAAAGGAGGGGCUCCUUGUUUAUGUGCUAAUUUCCCUUCUCCUGGAGUUGCCUUGAAGAGGGGUUUUGCUCAAACAGAGAAAAGUUUUGAGCACUUGUGGACUUCUGUGUUUCUGAGCUCUUUCAGGAUUUGCCUCUUUAUGUUUGUGAAAGGUCCAAUCUGUGCCUUUAUGCAUAUUUUGGGGACAUAGCAGUGGUUCCAACUCUUGAAAAUGCCAUUGUUUGAGCUGUAUAGAAGGGCUCAAGAGAAGCUCAAUUCAAGCCAAGACAGGGGCCAAUCAUGUUCAGCAGAUCUGUCAUUCAUACCAGAGAAUGAGUUUGUUGAGCUUAGAUGGGAAAAUGGUCAGGUCGUGAUGCAAGGACAGUCCAGUAGGCCCAAAAAGAGCCAAUCUAGUUUUGGUUUACCGUCUGAAUUCACUUCUCAGAGUCCUUGGAUUAGCGGUAAAGGUGUGGGCAAUGGUGCUGCUUCGAAUGCUAAAAAGUUUGAGGCAGAGCUGGACUCUGGGUUGAGUGAAUUCCCAAUGUCCACACCGCCCAGCGAAAUGUGUUUGACCCAUGAUGAGGAUAUCGUGCCCUGGUUUAAUUGUCCCAUCAAUGAGCCUUUACGAAAUGAUUACAGCUCCGAUUUCCUCCCUGAAUUGCCGGGUGUCCCAGUAAAUGAGCUUUCCAAUCUGUAUAGUUUUGAUUCAACCCAAAAGAGUAAAAAUAAAGAGGAGGUUUGUCCAGAGCGUGUGAACGGUGCCAAGGUUCCUUCUGCAGCAGACGUUGAGAUAACUGGAAUGGGAAUGAAUACAGCAUUGCCGUCUCUUCAGCAAGGAGUCAUGGACACUCUCGGUUCUAGUAAAGGCGGUAUUAGCUACAAUUCUACUUUUGGAGACUUUAGUCGGUUGCCAAGAUUAGCAGUUGGAUCUACAAGUGAACAAGGUCAAGCUAAGGAUACCACACUGUCUGCCAAAAGUUCUAAUUUUAUCAACUUCUCUCAUUUUGCAAGAGUGGCCGCUCCUUCCCACUCCAAUAUAGAGAACCAUGCCAGAGCCAGCGGCUUGGGCUCAUCGAACUUGGAGAGAACUGCAUGGAAAGAAAAGUAUUCUUCAGCUAAUGAUAACAUUACUGCUGAUAAUCUGGCGAGCAACUUGAGUGUUUGUCCAAGGACGGAAGCAAGUUCAAAUUGCCAAGUCCAAAGGGAGCAACCAAUGGUUGCCUCAAAGCCCUUGAUUUGCCAAGAAGAUGCUUUGAAGAAUGAUAAAAGUGCUGAUCAAAGUUUUUGUGCGAGUUCAAGUAAAGGAUCACCAGACAACGACAAGAUGAUAGAGCUUGUCGCUGCCUCUUCCUCUGUUUGCUCGGGAAACAGUGCAGAGAGAGCUUCAGAUGCUCCACCGUGCAGUUUAAAGAGGAAAUGUCCUAGCGCCGACAAUUCUGACCUUGCUGAAGAUGUUGAUGAAGAUUCAGUUGGCGUGAAAAAAGCGGUAGCAGCAACUGCUCGCAGUACUAGUUCCAAGAGAAGCCGAGCAGCCGAAGUACAUAAUUUAUCUGAAAGGAGAAGGAGGGACAGGAUCAACGAGAAGAUGCGUGCAUUGCAAGAACUUAUACCAAACUGCAAUAAGGUGGACAAAGCAUCAAUGCUUGAUGAGGCCAUUGAGUAUCUGAAGUCGCUUCAACUCCAAGUUCAGAUGAUGUCAAUGGCAAAUGGCUUGUACAUGCCACCAAUGAUGUUUCCGACGGGAAUUCAGCGAAUACAUCCCUCACAGAUGGCUCAAUUUUCGCCGAUGGGUAUUGGGAUGGGUUUGGGUGUGGGCAUGGUCGGCGUGAAUUGUGGAACACAUGUCCCCAUGCCUCAUGUGUCUGCCUCGAACACUUUGCACCGUACAGUUGCGCCAAACUUUCCAUUGAUGGGUCUUCCUGGUCAAGGACUUCCUAUGUCGAUGCCAUGCCUGUCGUCCUUAGUUCCAUUUCCAGGAGUGCCUCUUUUAAAGCCGGGAACAGGGCCAAAAACCUCUACCUUUGGAGGGCCGGGUACUAUGGAAAAUACAGAUGCGGCCACAACUUCCAGUCUAAAGGAGUCGAUUCAGAACGUCGAUAGUGCCAGUUGCGUAACAAAUCAUACAUCCAGUCAGUUCCAAGGAAGAAAUGGCGAUUUUCAAAAGUCUACAUCAGUGCAAAAUACCUGUCCAGCCUCUGAUAUCAACGGACGUGGGGUUGCUGAUUCUGCUAACCGAAACAGCACUAGACUUGUUAGAGAAGAUUGCAGCUCAUGAUGGGUCCUUGAUGGAGAGACUAGAUCUGUUCUCCUGCUGAUGAUAAUAUCCUCAGCAUUUGGCACUUUUGCAAUUUCAACUACGUGGAAGUUCAUUUCAGAUAUCUUAGCUCCUAAGUCCUGACUCCUAACAUACAAAUUUGUACGGUGAAGCGAGCAAAGCUCGUCCAACAGGUGUUGCGUCUGAUCAUUUUGAUCAUGCAUGUGUGUGAUGGUGCAAUGAGCCAUGGAAUCUUGAGGUAUUAUGGUUUACAUUGUCCUAAUUUUAGAGAACUGUAGCAUGGCAACAUUUCAAGUUGGUGAAAUCUUGCUGGACUAGCAAAAUGUCCAGAAAGCUCUGUACGGGGUUUUGACUGUGUGCGGUCUAGGCGAGCAAGGAUUACCCCGUGGAUUGGUCCAGACCUUUUUAUAGCAAGUGAAAAUAUUUAGCUGAUGCUGCAUGAUGGAGCUAAUAUGUUUGUGAUGGCCUCUUAUGCUCUCCUCUUCUCUGUGACUGAUGCCACUGUGAAAUAAAUGCUUAAGAAGCCAUCAAAUGGAGCAAAUGGCUUUCAUUCACAUCAAAUUUGUCAGGAUUGUGGAAAUACUGUCAUAUCUAGAAUUGAAAAGGAACUAGAUAAUUGCUCUACUC